AUGUCCCAACUCUCCGAAUACCGACUUCUCAGCUUCGAUGUUUACGGGACUCUGGUAGACUGGGAAGGGGGCAUCCUAGCCGCCUUUCAGCCCACCCUUGAUAAAACCAACGCCCAGUUCAGUCGCGAGCAUCUCCUCACCGUUUACCAUAAGCUCGAGCGAGAACAACAAGAAAAGACCCCCGAUAUGCCCUACUCACAGCUUCUCGCCACUAUACAUCCUAUGUGGGCAGAGCGUCUCGGCCUUGCCGCUCCCACCGCUGCAGAAAGCCUAGAAUUUGGCGAGUCGGUCGGCAAUUGGCCCGCCUUUCCGGAUACCGUCGAUGCAUUGAAGCGAUUAUCCCAACACUACAAACUGGUGGUUCUGUCUAAUGUCGACCGGACAUCGUUUGCCAAAACCAACGCUGGCAGUCUGCAGGGCUUUCCCUUCGAUCUGAUUAUCACCGCCCAGGAUAUCGGCUCCUACAAGCCGGAUCUCCGCAACUUCGAGUAUAUGCUCAAGACGGUGAAGAAUACGUUUGGGAUUGAGCCAGCACAGGUACUGCAGACUGCCCAGAGCCAGUUCCAUGAUCACCAUCCGGCGCGCAAGGUUGGACUGAAGUCAGUGUGGAUUGAGCGACCGGGAGCUACGAUGGGGAAUUUGGCGGAGACAAUUUAUGAUUGGCGGUUUGAUACCCUGGGAGAGAUGGCCGACGCGUUGGAGAGACAAUAG